AUGCCGAACAUCGUCCUGUUCAGCGGCAGCUCCCACCACGACCUGUCCCAGCGGGUGGCGGACCGGCUCGGGCUGGAGCUGGGCAAGGUGGUCACCAAGAAGUUCAGCAACCAGGAGACCAGUGUAGAGAUUGGUGAAAGUGUGAGAGGAGAAGAUGUGUAUAUCAUCCAGAGUGGCUGUGGAGAAAUAAAUGACAACUUAAUGGAACUGCUCAUCAUGAUCAAUGCUUGCAAGAUUGCAUCAUCCUCCAGAGUGACUGCUGUAAUUCCAUGUUUUCCAUAUGCCAGACAAGAUAAGAAAGACAAGAAGGGGUCCGUGGAGCGUUGGAGUCGUGCUCCAAUCUCUGCAAAACUUGUUGCCAACAUGCUGUCAGUUGCAGGGGCUGACCACAUCAUCACCAUGGACUUGCAUGCUUCUCAGAUCCAGGGUUUCUUUGACAUUCCAGUAGAUAACCUGUAUGCAGAACCUGCAGUGCUGCAGUGGAUUAAAGAGAACAUUUUGGAGUGGAGAAACUGUAUCAUAGUCUCACCUGAUGCAGGUGGUGCAAAAAGGGUUACUUCAAUUGCUGACAGACUGAAUGUGGAAUUUGCUCUCAUUCAUAAGGAAAGAAAGAAGGCAAAUGAAGUGGACAGAAUGGUCUUGGUUGGUGACGUGAAAGACAGAGUAGCAAUACUUGUUGAUGAUAUGGCUGACACAUGUGGCACAAUAUGUCAUGCAGCAGACAAGUUAGUAUCUGCUGGAGCUACUAAAGUUUAUGCCAUUCUUACUCAUGGCAUCUUUUCUGGUCCUGCUAUUUCUCGGAUUAAUAAUGCAUCGUUUGAGGCUGUCGUGGUAACUAAUACAAUCCCCCAAGAAGAGAAAAUGAAACACUGCCCAAAAAUUCAGUUUAUUGACAUUUCCAUGAUCCUGGCUGAGGCAAUUCGAAGAACACACAAUGGUGAAUCUGUGUCUUACUUGUUCAGUCACGUCCCCUUGUAAAUGCAGGAGAUUACAUUGCAUCUUUGCAAAGGUCCCUUCAGCUAGCACUGUUUUUAAAAAUGCAUGUCAACCACAAGAAAUUAGUAUCUUUGUACAAUUCCAGAGCUUGUAUGUUUAAUUAUUAUAUUUGUCUUGUAAUUAC